AUGAAGCUUAACAUAGCUUAUCCCGUAACAGGAUGUCAAAAACUUCUCGACAUCGAUGACGAUCGUAAAUUGCGUCCAUUCAUGGAGAAACGCAUUGCUCAAGAAGUUGAUGCCAGUUGUUUAGGUGAUGAAUGGAAAGGUUACACAUUACGUAUCACAGGUGGAAAUGACAAACAAGGUUUUCCCAUGAUGCAAGGUGUCUUGACUAACCAACGUGUCCGUUUACUUCUUGACAAACGUCAUAAAUGUUACCGUCAACGACGAAAGGGUGAACGUAAACGCAAGUCUGUUCGCGGUUGCGUUGUUGAUCAAAACUUAUCCGUUUUGGCUUGUGUGGUCAGCAAACGUGGCGAACAAGAUAUUGAUGGUCUAACAAACAAAACCAUUCCACGUCGUCUCGGACCCAAACGUGCUAAUCACAUCCGUAAAUUGUUUAACUUAAGCAAAGAAGACGAUGUUAGAAAAUACGUCGUUAAACGACCAUUGACAAAAGAAAGCAAAAAACCACGAGUUAAAGCACCGAAAAUUCAACGUUUAAUUACACCACGACGUGUUCAACGCAAGAGACAUGCAUUAGCAUUGAAGAAACGUCGUGCUGAAAAACAACGCGUUCUUCAAAAUGAAUACGCCAAAUUACUUCAACAAUACGCCAAGGAAAAACGUGAACGCAAACGCAGUGAAUCCAAACGUCGUUCAUCAACUCGAUUGUCGGAAUCGAAAGCAUAA